AGUAAAGUUAAUUUGACUGGUUUUCAAACACACUCUUAAUUCUUAAACCUUAAGCACAAAAAAAGGAGAGGAAGAUGUCGUGAAAAGCAUUCCAAAGUCCUAAAACCCUAGAAAGAGUCGAAAGGGAAUACCAAAUUGGUCAAGAUUUAGUUGUUAUACAAACCCAAUUUCUCUAUUUAUGGAGGGGUUGAAGCGAGUUUUUCGCAGUGCGAUGUCACAAGAUGGAGAUAGCAACUUAAGCUCAAUUUCUGCUGUUGUUGAAAAGUCAAGCUCAAAAUCAUCUGGGGCUGGUUCCGUUGCGGCAGCUGACCAGUCUCAGCUCUUGCUUGCUCGGUCUCCUAGACAAGUGGUAUCAUUGUGGACUUGCUCAAAACUCUGUGCCAUUUGUUUUAUUGCUGGAGUAUUUGUUGGCUAUACACUGAAGCGUAGGGUGCGGCGAUGGGCUUCCAAACUUCUCAGGAGAUUGAAGGAUGAAUAACUUUCUGAGAUGUAGAGUUUAUGAUUUUUCUUUUUUGGUAGGUAGGUUGUGAUUCUAUUAUCAAUUAUGCAUGACAAAUGUCCAAGUGUGAUGAUACUAAUUUUCUCUAUGUUGUAGAGAAAUUUUGUUUGAAUGUAUCAUUGAAUAUUUGAUAUAAGAAGAGUAUAUUGACUUUCUAAGAUAAUACAAAUUACCUGAGUUCUUCAUGGAA